AUGCAAAGUGGCAAUUAUUCAUCUAUACCUCAAAUUCAAUCAGCUAGGAGUAUAUACAAAAGCCCCAAAACAAAAUUUUUUCUUAUAAAAAGCUCCUCAGAUAAAAAUAUUUCAAUUUCUCUAAAUUAUAGUAUAUGGGCAACAACACCAAAAAACGAAAAUAAAUUUCUCAGUGCCUUUAUAGAAAAUGAUUAUGUAAUUUUAGUAUUUUCCGUCAAUGAGAGUUCUAAAUUUUGUGGCUAUGCUAUUAUGAGAUCAAAACCAGGAGAAUCCAAAAAUAAUAAUGUAUAUUUUUAUUAUGACGAUAAAAUAUUUCGAGGAAAGAAUUUUGAUAUUCAAUGGAUUAGAAUAGUGGAUGUGUUUUUUCACGAGGUAACACAUUUAAAGAAUAGCCUUAAUGACAAUAAGUUAAUUAAAGUAGGAAGAGACGGUCAGGAAAUUGAACAAAUGGCUGGAAUGAAAUUAUGCGAUAUUUUUGAAGCCAAAUUCGAACGAAUGGGCACAUUUACGAACUUUAAUAAAAUUCCACAAGCGCCAAAAAUAAUUGAUACAAACCCCAACCGGAUGAUAGACACUACAAAUGGUGAAGAACAAAAAGAUAAAAUAAAAUUAUAUCCAAUAAACAAUGAUUUAAAUAUGAAUUAUAAUACUUUUCGUAAGCUAUAUGAAGAGUCAAAAUAUAAUCUAACUAAUAUAUAUAAUCCAGCAUUACAUAUAUUUCCUAUUGAUUUAACAAAUAUGAGCUAUGAUGAUUAUAUUGAUUUAUAUGAAAAAUCUUUACCCGUUUGGAAACAAAAAAUGCAAGAACUGCAAUUAAAUUGUAAUUAUAUUAAGCAAUAA